AGCCCGAAGAGCUCCAACUCCAGAGCGCCGCCUUCAUCGUCACUAUAAAGCCCUAGACCUUCUCCUUCUUCUCCUCCACCGUUGCUGCCGUCGCCGCGCCUCCCAAUCGCCGUAGAUGGACGAAGAAGCGAGAGUCGAGGUCGCCGUGCCGCCACCUGUGGUCGUUGAUGGUGAUGUGGCUGAUGAUUGGAGUAAGGAGGAUGAUGGCGCUGCGCCGGUGGCCCAUCACGCUGCUGAGACCGUAGAUCCUCCUCCUGAGCCGCAGCCUUUACCUCAAGAUAGCAAUGAGGACAUUCAAACAGGCCUCCAGUCACUGCAAUUGGAACCAAAGGCAAAAGACAAAGAGAUCGCUAAACCUGAGAUUGCUCAAGUUUUAGAAGUGAAGGAUGAGGCCAAGAAACGUCACCUAAAUGUUGUUUUCAUUGGUCAUGUUGAUGCUGGUAAAUCCACAACUGGAGGGCAAAUACUUUUCCUCAGCGGUCAGGUGGAUGAUCGAACUAUUCAAAAAUAUGAAAAAGAAGCAAAAGACAAAAGUCGAGAAAGCUGGUAUAUGGCCUAUAUCAUGGACACUAACGAGGAAGAGCGUGUAAAGGGGAAGACAGUGGAGGUUGGCAGAGCUCAUUUUGAGACAGAAAACACGAGGUUCACAAUAUUGGAUGCUCCAGGCCACAAAAGUUAUGUGCCAAACAUGAUCAGUGGUGCAUCUCAAGCCGAUGUUGGUGUUCUUGUUAUAUCCGCUCGGAAGGGGGAGUUUGAAACUGGUUAUGAGAAGGGGGGGCAGACCCGUGAACAUGUCCAACUUGCAAAAACAUUGGGUGUUUCUAAGUUGGUUGUAGUUGUGAACAAAAUGGACGACCAUACUGUAGGAUGGUCCAAAGAAAGGUUUGAUGAGAUUGAGUCUAAGAUGGUCCCUUUCUUAAGAUCUUCGGGUUAUAAUGUGAAGAAAGAUGUUCAAUUUCUUCCUAUUUCUGGUUUGGUUGGCACCAAUAUGAAGACUAGAGUAGAAAAAAAAACCUGUGGAUGGUGGGAUGGUCCAUGUCUUUUUGAAGUCCUGGAUUCCAUUCAAGUUCCAUUGCGUGACCCCAAUGGUCCGCUAAGGAUGCCAAUCAUUGAUAAAUACAAAGACAUGGGAACAGUUGUCAUGGGCAAAGUAGAGUCGGGAAGCAUCCAGGAAGGCGAUAGCUUAUUGAUCAUGCCCAAUAAAGCUCAGGUGAAAGUGGUUGCUGUUUAUUGUGAUGAAGAUAAGGUUACUAGAGCUGGGCCUGGUGAAAAUUUAAGGGUUAAACUGUCUGGGGUUGAAGAAGAGGAAAUUUUGACUGGGUUUGUGCUCUCAAGCAUUGCAAGUUCAGUCCCUGCUACUUUUGAAUUUAAAGCCCAGUUGCAAAUUCUGGAAUUAGUUGACAAUGCCAUUUUUACUGCUGGUUACAAAGCAGUGCUGCACAUUCAUGCAGUCAGUGAGGAGUGUGAAAUUGUUGAGCUUAUAGAAGAAAUUGAUAUGAAGAAGAAGAAAGACGAUGAUCCAAAGAAGAAGAAGGCAAAGAAAAAACCUCUUUUUGUUAAGGCAGGGGCUGCUGUCUUGUGCCGAAUCCAGGUGAGCAAUCUAAUCUGCGUCGAGAAUUUUGCUGAUUAUCCGCAGUUGGGCAGGUUCACCCUACGAACCGAAGGGAGAACAAUUGCGAUAGGAAAAGUCGUCGCGCUUCCACCAGCAGGAAGCUCCUCAUUUUCAGCAUAAACCAAAAUUUUGACAAAGAUGGUACCAGAUUUCUCUCUCGUUUCCCUUUCGGCAGAUGUGUGAUAUUUACCCUUCUUCUGAUCAACCUCGUCCGGUAUUCGAACUCUGAAGAUGUUGCAGAAAAAAACCAAGUGGAACUUCUAGUAAAUUAUAUGCACAUCUUGAUCAUUUGGAUUUGUGAUUCAUCCCAGACUUCUCUGAAUUUCUGCUGUUAGAAAGUUCAAAUGAUUUUUGAGUUGUAUUAUGUGGAAAAUAAGCCUUUGUUUAUCUUAAAUUUGUUUUUCAUUACUUUUGAGAGCUCAUUUAUUUCUCU